AUGGGGCCAAACGAACGAAUAAAUAAAAGGCUAACCGAAGAGAGUGAACAAAAGGGUGAACAAAAGGGUAAACAAAAGAGUGAACAAAAGGGUGAACAAAAGGGUGAACAAAAAAUGUAG